AUAUUGCUGAGGGUCGGACCGUAUAAUUUAUCGAAAAGUCCGCGGUCACGCUGGCGGAAAUUAAUAAGUGGAGUAAAUCGGUCAAAUAAGCAAUAGCAAGUGUUAAAAGCAUCCUUAAUGCAUACUGGGAAAUAUUCGUGCGUUAAAUUCCGUGCAGUAAAAAUACUGCAAUCGCAUUUCGCUUUAAAAUAAAUGAAAACGAAUUAGCUGCUCUCGCCCAUCAAGCAGUCAGCAGCGGCGGCAGCAACAACAACAACGGGGUGCGUGUGUGUGAGUGGUACAGUUGGGUAGAAAAACAUCGCCAUUGUAGUCGCUCUCUUUCGGAGCUGCCACUACUGUUGCCACCACUGCGAUUAUACCAGCCACUUCUGCUCUCUGUUGCGUUCAGUUGCAGCGCAGUUACCACCCAACUAAAAUCGGGACGAGGCAAUAAUAAAAACAAGACAAAAAAAUACGUACUCAAAACACAUCGUAUUCGCCAUUUGCCACACGCAAGCAGAAAAAAUAAAAAUAAAAUUAAAAAGCGGACAUACAUCGGUGCCAAACAGGGACGUAUUUAUCCCACGCAAUCGAAAAUUCUGCCCAAAAGUUCGCUCUCUGUGUAGUGAAAGUGCGAGCGAAAGAGACGAGAGGAAAAAAUAAGCAUUGAGCGUAAAACAAAACUUGAAAAAAUGUAAAGCCAUUAUUGCACCCAUGAAAAAUGCCAGCGGGAAAAAAGACGGAUGCUAAGACAUUAAAGACUCGUACGUGCAUUGUAUUCGUAAAGAAUCUGAGGGAAGGUCGUCCACCAGCGGUUGCCGCCACUGGAAAAGCAGCAGCAGGAGCAGCCGCUAAAUCGAAUUCAGCUCGGACAAUCAACCAUAGAAACGUCGCCAUUGCCGCCCUACCAAACGCCGCCAGCCCACGACGCGCGACGCGUACCUCUCGACGGUCUGCGACCAUUUCGACGGAAAUCGUUGUUGGUGGCAAAGCGCGUCAGCGGGCAGCCGUAGAAAACGACAAGCUGUCACCUCCAGCAGCUGUGGGUGCCGCCAGGCGGUUGCGCCAAUCCAAGGGGGAUUUGGUGACCACCCCAUCCCAUCCCGCACGGAGGCAGCCACCAUCACUGGCAUUGGCAUCGCCAACGCCGCCAAAAUCCACAACCAUACAGCCCGCCAAAAGGCUGAUGGGUCCGGGCCUGGCCGCCAAGCGACGCAAUUCGGCAUUACCAUCCCCAGCCGCAGGCACACCGGCCAAGCAUCUCAGCACGCUGGCCACCUCGACUAUACGGCGGAACGCUCUAACCGCCCGUCGGGCCACACAGACACAGGACCACAUAAUCAGUCCCAAAACACCGAAAAUGUACAAACAGCAAUCGAAGGUUUCCCCCCAUGUGGUGUCGGUCUCCCCGCCGCCGACGAUUGCCGCCAGUCGUUCACGUCGCUCCAUCAAACCGAAUCCCAAGUAUGCCAGCGAGGACCUGGUCACACCAAAGUACCUGGCCUCAAUGGCCAGCAGCGACACACCCUCGUCGCGUCAACAGCGUGGCGGCGGCGGCAACUCCAAUUCGAAGCUCUUUUCCGCCAGCAAAUACAACGAUAUGCAUGAUCUGCUCGAUCUGGACGAGGACAACGAUGAUGAACUGAACGAUGUGGCCUACAAUCCGCAGAUGCAUAAAUCCGAUGACGAUGACGAUGAUCUGAGCGAGGAUGAGUACCAGGAGGAGAUGCGUAACGAGAAGUUACCGGAGCCAGUGCCGCCAGUGAAGCGUGGACGUGGACGUCCACCCAAAUCGGCGAACGCAGCAGCUGCUGCCGCCACCAGCACGCCCCAGCCCAAGCUCGCCUCCAGUGUGGCCCGCCAGUCGUCGAAUCUGCAGCAGCUGCGCCGCACCAUGGCCGUGACCAUGGGGAACCGCAGCAACAACAAUCUGCAGAUAUCUGCAUCGGAGGGGGCCACAAAGCGUAAGCUGGAAGAUGCCACCGACAGUCCCGUGGCACGCAAGCGCAUGGUUUUGGCAGCAGCAGGGGGACCCAAUCGCAGUCUACCAGCGAUCAACGGCAGCUCCUCGUCCGGCAAGCCCUCGCCUGCUGCUUCUGCGGGCAGACCCAAGACCCUAAUUGGCAGCAGCGCCAGCAACAGUGGCCUGCGCACGGGACCCACAACGGCAACGGCGUCGGGACUGAUCAACAAGCAGCGCCCAGCAGCCACGACGGCCAUCAAGAUGAACAGCUCCACACCAGGAGGAGGCACAGCAGCAGCGGCCAGGAGCACCAGCACCAAGGCGGUGGCUGCCACUUCUCCGGCGGAGAGCAGCAAGAUCGUCGACGAUGUGCCCACAUUCACGAUCGUGAAUAUCAAUGACAUUAUCAACCAGGAUGAUGUGCUCAUCAGUCGCACAAAUAAUCCCACGGCCAGCACUUUGAAUGCCGCCAGCAAAAAAUUGUCGGUGGGUCGCCCCAGGACACGGAACAUACUCGUCGGCGAUAGACCCACCAAGGGAUCGGGAUCGGGAUCAGCGGAAAUGCCUACCUCCUCAUCGACUCCCACAAGUAAUAGCUCAGCGCAGGGCGGCUUUAGUUCAUCCAAGCGGGUCAAGGCUUCGGCCACGUUCAUCAAAAAGCAGCAGCAGCAGCAAUCACAAACGCAGCAGACCGUCAGCCAGAGUCAGAGCCAGAACCAGAACCAGGCCAAGCCCCGUCCCCGUAUACUCAAUGCAGAGAUGGGCAAGAAGGCAAAGCCCAUUAAGCCGGUUCUGAGCUUGAGCCAAGAGCUGUAUCCCACAGACGUGGAUACCGAAGAAGAUGAAGCCGAUAUUGAUCUAGAUCUCGAUGAGAGUGAGGGCGACCUAGCACCAUCGCCGCCAGCACCAGUACGCCGUGCGGCCCCAGCUGCUGCUGCGACCAAUCGCGGUCAGGCGGCUGCCACAGCCAAAGCCCCAGCCCCAGCCCCGGCGAAAUAUACGGCACGUCGUCCCAUACUCUCGUCGAAUGCCACCACAAAUAGUAGUCGGAACUAUGGCGCAGGAGAUCGCAAGUUGACCAAACUCCUGGGCGAGAUCAAUGAGGAGAGCUUCAAGAAGCCACCCAUCAAUACGAGUCCUGCAGCGCAACAGCAGUCGCGUUACAGCAAAGAGAACAAGAGCAACAGUUCGACUACCACUAUCGUUAUCAAAGAUCAGGAUACCGAUGACGAUGAGGCCGAUAACCUCGACGACGACGAAGACGAGGAGGAGAACGAGAACAAGGGGAAGAAGAAUCCGAAAUACUUCCCGCCAGAGACAACCACAGUGCGGGAGGAGGAUGGCCGCGUUAUCAAGAAGAUCACCUGCUACGAGACCUGGCACGUGAUCAGCAAGCCCCGUGAGCUGCCCGAAAAGACGCGCCAGCAGCGCACGCUUUUAGAGCUGCCGCUGGUCAAGCUGGCGAAUGUGGCGGCCCGCAUCAAGAUGCCGUCGGUGAAGUGGAGCAGCAAGGUGACGCUCUACAAGGUAUCGCCGACGCUAAUGCAGCGCCAGACAAUGACCAUAUUCACGGGCGAUCUGAAGGUGUACAAUAUACCCGAAGAGGAUCGCCACAAGUACCAGCCAUCGUGUGUGCUCUUCCGCCGUGUGGUGGUCGAUCGUAGCAAGUGCCGGGUGCCAUACGAUCGGGCCAUUAUAUUCAAGAAUCGUUGCUUCUACGCGAACAUCGAUGGGAAGCAUGUCAAUCUGAUGGGUGCCCCAGAGACGGUCGGCUGCAUGAAGGAUGUCGAAAUACUGCUGGACAUUGUGGACACGCUGAAUCUGAACAGCCAAUUGGUGGAGAUGGUCAACUCAAAGUAGGCCCGCACAGAAGCGAACCGAGACGCGAAUCAAAUGUACUAUAAAGCAAGCAGAAGCAGAGGAAGAAUCGAGAGUUAACGAGGGAAGUAACGUCCCAGAGAAGGAACGAAGACGGAAUAUCCCCCACACGGUAUAAAUGAAUGUAGAAUUAAAAGAUGUUUUUUUUUAUGUCGAGAUCGGAUUACACACUAGUUUUUAAUAGUUGCUUUAGCAUAAUAUUAGCUGGUUGGUAUUUUUGCCACUCAGAUACACACACACACACACACACACAUUAAUAUAUAUAUAUAUAUAAUUAUAAAAAAAAAAAAAGCAAAUUUCUAGAUAUAAAAGAAGAAAUGGAAGUCGAUGCAAAAACACAGAAGAAGGCGCAAACAGUAGAUGGUUCGGGGUGUACUUGCAACAAGUGUAGGAAGGAAGGAAAAAAGAAAGAGGAAAGGAGACAAAAAAAACAAUAGCGCCGAUAACGAUACCGAUUAGAACUUUAGCAAUCCCUGGUUCCGGACAAUGCAUGAUUACAUACAGAAAUAUGUAUCAUUUUAAUAUUAAAUAAUAAUAAAUUUUCUAUACAUAAAAUAGAUAACACCCCCUCCCCCCACCUUCCACACACACACACAAACAUAUUUUCUCUAAGAGUUGUUUUAAUCCAUUCUCCCCCCCCUCCAUUCGGCGGCCCUUUUAUCACCAGAGUAUGGACCUUCGAUUUAUAAUAUUUGUAAUAUGUAUUUUCGGCGAUAAUUUAAAGAAAAAAAACGGAAUUCAAUUAUUCUUUUUUUUUUUUGUAUAAUUUUGAUAAGAAAUUAUGCUAAAAAUCAUUCUUUUGUAUGGAAUCUAGUUUUAUAAUUCGUAUGUAACCCCUAUAUAUUAUUGUGCGUCUGCAUUUUGCACUGGAAGGAAAAUGAUUGUAAUUUAAUCAAUUGUACAUUUAAUUGAAGAGCGAACCCCCAUCAUAAUAAAUAAAAAGAAAUCACAUCA